GAGGUCUCCGAGCCCACGGGCAGCCACGGGCAGCCACGGGGCAGCCACGGGGCAGCACUUUCGGCGCGAACUUGGGGGCGGCGGCCGCCGAGCAUCUGGCGCCAGCAAUAAGGAGGAGCUUCCCGCAGCGUCGCACGCAGCCGCCGGGGACGCGGAGCGGGGCGCAGAGGUCUCUGAGGGGAACCGUGGAGGUCUCAGACUCCCGGCAACACAGCGCCCCGCUCCGUUCCUCAGCCACAUCAGGGGGGAAGGGAUCGUGUCCUUGCCACCCCGCUCGCUCAGGCUUCCGCUCGCUGCCUGCUCGGGACCCGAUGCGGCAGACGCUGCGGGACAGAAGCGCGCUGCGGAGAGCUCCGCACACGCCUCUGCGGUCGCCACGCUCGGGCCUCGGCAGCACCCACAAGUGAAGCAACAAGAAACGCCAUCUUGGAUUGUUUCCAGUAUCCAGACCUCCACAUGUCAGCAGUAGUCUCCUGAGGCGUUCUACCCUCCCUCUACUCUCCUCCUAUCGAUCUUCAGAAAGAAAGGGUGUUCAGGAAACGCACCCUAAAGGCACAGAUUCACUUGCUAGUUCAUGUAUUUGAGCCAUUGUGGAAGACCUCUGCCCAUUCACCUCCUCUCGCUUUGGACCUUGUUUCUGGCAGGCCAGCCAUGAAAGGCUACGUGGUGGCCAUAUUCUUGAGCUCCAUCUUCCUCUACUAUGUGCUAUACUGUAUCCUGUGGGGAACAAAUGGCUAUUGGUUCCCAAAUGAGGAAAUGAAGAGUAAAAACAAUGUCAAGAACUGUUUUAAAAAGCCAGCUUUCGCCAGUCUUCUGAGGUUUCCUCAGUUUUACCCAUUUCUGUGUAAAGCUGACUUUGUAAAGGUUGCCGCCACAUACGGUACCAAUAAUUUUCUGUUGCCCUAUGGAGUAAAGACCUUUGAAUCGUAUUUCAGAUCGGCCCUUUCAAAACUGCAGAGCUGUGAUCUCUUUGGCGAGUUUGACACAUGUCGAGAGAAGAUAGAAGAGUUGGGACUCCCCAGGCUGGAGGAAAGCGUCCUGUCUAACAAAACAACAGGGAAGACAGUGGAAGACAGUGGUGAUUUCUGUAUUUCACACAGUAGGAAGACCCGAGAUGAGACAGGCCAGAUCACCAAGCCAAAUUCCUCAAGGCGCUAGGGGAGCAUGAGUCCAGAACCUGUCUCCACCACUAAUCUCUUGCACAUUAUGUUAGAGUGUGACUUAAGGAAUAUAGAUUGCUCACGUGUGGUUUUCGACAUGCCUAUUUCUGGUUCCUCCUAUAGGAUGACAGCCUAUGGAUUCCCUGCGUGUAAAGAAUACCAGCCCAGGAAGUAAACCCUAGUUGUCUGAAUGAAUUUUCCUGCAUUUAGACCAUUCGUUCUCAACCUGUUUUUCAUGACUCCCAUAAGGGUCAACAAUCAGCUGUCCUACAAAUUAGACAUUUACAUUAUGAUUCGUAACUAGCAAAAUUACAGUUAUGAAGUAGCAACAAAAUAAUUUUAUAAUGCGGAGUCACCAUAACAUGAAGAAGCAUAUGAAAGGGUUGCAACAUUAGGAAGGUUGAGAAUCACUGAUUUACACUAUAUAGCAUUUAGUAUCUUACCUCACACCUGUUGGAGGGGUGGAAAUAGUGGCUCAGUGGUGUUAGCAAUCCAGGAUGGACUCCCUGUGGUUCUGUUCUCUUAGAUAGAAGAUGGCUGCAGCUGCUUUAACCUUAUAGCAUCCAGGUACAAGAGCUGGGGCUCUCCGGUGUCAAUGUCUAAGCUGAAAGGAGGGGGCAAAUUAACAAUAUUCCAGGGGUGGAAUCUUUCUGAAAGCAUCUGACUUAUUCCCCUACUAUCUGAUUGGUCAGGGAUGAGUCAUGUAGCUGCCACUAGCCCAGUCCUUGUCAGGGAUAAUGAGCUCACCAUUGUACGCUUACAAAGAUAGGCUUCUGGGUUAUUGGGAACUUGGCCAGUAGGCUCGGUGACAGAUUCUUACACCGAAGACAGAGUGGUGUGUUUUGAUGUAUUAUGUUGCCAGUGUGAAAAGACACUGUCUGAACGCACCCAGUAAAGAAGACACAUUGUAGGUGGAUUGCAAUAGAGACUACAGUUUGUUUUCUCUGUAUUGCAUAGGAUAGUAAAUCUGCGGGGGGCGGUUGGGCUCUGCAGUGGGUAGUGACUCUACGUGGGGGUGGGAUUCUGUACGGGGUAGCCAUUCUGCCUAGGGUUGUGCCUCUGCACUGUGGUGACUUUUGGUUUUGCCUGGUUGAAGAGAAGCACGCGGUUCAUCUUGGGGAAGUAAAUCUUAGCCCUGCUGCCUAAGUGACUGCUCGGGUUUUUCUGUUAACAAGUUCAGACAUGCUGCAGUUAUGCGAUUUUUGUGGCUAAGACGAUUAGGAGCCUGUGUAUUUCCUUACAUCCCCCCCCUCCCCCCUGGGUAGAAUAACAGAAAUAAGCGUCUCCUGCACACACGGAAUGUGAGAACCGAACUGAUUUUGAAAACACCUGGAAAUGAGUAAGCGGUUUAGUUGGGAUGAUGGGAAACAGUAAUGACACCGCUCUUCUAGGGACUCAAAUUUCACUGCAGCUAUUUUAAGUAUGAAGACGGUGUUAGGUAAGCAUGAUGGAGUUACACAGGCACCAGAGGAUUCUGGGAAUGAUUGCUCAGAUUCAAGGAGCCAGGGCAGCCAGAUUCUGAAGUCAAGUGGACCAUGAAAAGUGGGAAGCAUCUGUUCAUUUAUAGAACAUGAGAAUUUGUUUGAGAGAAACGAACUCUGAGACGAGUGAUGCAGAAAGUGUGUACCAUUCUGUACCUGCCUGGACCGUGGUGGCGCUGUGCAUAAGAUGCUACCAGGAAAGGACCAUGCUAGGAGAGCCCCCAAUACCCUGUAGCCUAUGUGGGCCUCAGACAAAUACGUAGGUCUUUGUAGUUCUCUUUCCUUUGAGGGAACGUGGGAUCCCAGUUGGCAGGGUUUCCCCUGAGAGGCAAGGAAAGUGACUCCACCAGUGAAGGCCCUUUCUUCCCCCAUCUCCCGUAAAGCCAACAAGAUCCUACAAGCCAUGGACACGGAAGUGUGAUGGGGAGUAGCAGCACUCUGUGGAGAGCUAGAGCUAGAGGACUCUGUAGAAGGGAUCUGCCUGAUUCCUGUAUUCCUUGCCCUCCUGGCUAUGAGUGCUUAUGUCUGUGGGAGGUCUAGGACUUGGACAUUGAGGGAAAACCCAUGGGAGUGGCAUGGCCGAUAGUGGCUAUCAUCAACAUACGAGUCUGAUAAGGAGGUAUGUUCUGGCAAUACUAUGAUUCAGCCAAUCGGUGCAUGGCGGCAUUAUGACACUAACCCAGUUUGAGCCAAGUUACCCCUGUCAGGAAUCAGUUUCAGAACUAGAGCCUGUGAGCCAGGAAUCCUUUUCUGAAACUCCAGCGUAAGUCUCAGGGGCCAUGCUGGUAGCCUCCACUCCCAGCAGCCCUUACCCAUGUGUGAAUUGGAUACUCAAGCCUGUAGUCUGGUAUUAAAUAGGAACGCCAGGCUAGGGUAGAAGCUGGAGUCUUGCACUUUGUCCCUGGAUGACUUUCAGUCUUCAGUGUGGGCAGAGGGUAGAGUGAUAAUUACAGUUACUCCUCCCUAGUCUCUACUCAUGCAGUUUCAUGGAAAACAGCAGUGGCUUCUAACCUGUCUACUCUGAACCACCCUCUUGAUGCCCAGCUUUGCUUAGGACGCUGAUGGGGAGAUGGCAUCCAUUUCAGCAGGGUCAGCCUCGGAAAGAACUGACUCUGAGGUUCUGGAGAGGGAACUGUUCUCUGCAGAGGGCAUUUAUGGGACAGAUCUCCUGAGGAUAACGGCCAUAACACCCUGAAAACAGGGGUUUGAAUAUCCAGUGGUGGCCUCGCUCUAGCAGUGAAGAGCAGAGAGCUUUAGUAUACUGGGAUUUCCGUAGUUCAUAUUGAGGCUUGUUGAUACAAGUCUCUGGAGUCAGGUUAAUUUCUAAAAAUGUAGAGUCAUAAAAAGACACCUUCAGAACAUAUUGUGACAUGUAGGGUAUCAAAGAUGCAAAUGUUUGUGGGUGCUUUUUACUGGCCAGUGCCCUCUAUCUUUUAGCCCCCAAAGUCCUGACAUGUAAAAGUAACUUUUUUUCCCCCAUUUCUUAUUGGACAUUUGAUGUAUUUAUAUUCCAAAUGUUUUUAUCUUCUUUCCCAGUCUCCAACUCUCCCAACUUCCCUCCCAAUGCAUCUAUGAGGAUGUCCCCCCAACCCACCCACUCCAACCUCAACAUCCUGGCAUUCUCCUACACUGCAGAAACAGGCCUUCACAGGACCAAGGGCUUCUCCUCCUAUUGAUGUCAGACAAUGCCAUCCUCUGCUACAUAUGUGGCUAGAGCCAAGGGUCCCUCCAUGUGUACUCUUCAGUUGGUGGUUUAGUCCCUGGGAGCUCUGUGGGGUCUGGUUGGUUGAUAUUGUUAUUCUUCCUAGGGGUUUGCAAACUCCUUCAGCUCCUUCAGUUCUUUCUCUAACUCCUUCUUUGGGGUCCCCAUGCUAAGUGUGAUGCUUAGCUGCAAGCAUCCUCAUCUGUACCAGUAAGGCUCUGGCAGAGGCUCUCAGGAGACAUCCAUAUCAGGCUUAUGUCAGGAAGCGCUUCUUGGCAUCAGCAAUAGCGACUGGGUUUGGUAGCUGCAUAUGGGAUGGAUCCCUAGGUGGGGCAGUCUCUGAAUGGUCUUUUCUUCAGUCUCUGCUCCACUCAUUGUCCCUGUAUUUCCUCCUGUGAGUAUUUUCUUCCCUCUUCUAAGAAGGACUGAAGCAUCCACAUUUUGGUCUUCCUUCUUCUUGAGCUUCAUUGUCUAUGACUUGUAUCUUAGUUAUUCAGAGCUUUUGGGCUGAUAUCCACGUAUCGGUGAGUACAUAUUUGUAUUCUUUUGUGACUAGGUUACUUCACUCAGGAUGAUAUUUUCUACUUCCAUUCAUUUGCCUAAGAAUUUCAUGAAGUUAUUGUUUUUGAUAGCUGAGUAGUAUUCCAUUGUAUAGAUGUACCACAUUUCCUGAAUCCAUUCCUCAGUUGAAGAGAAUCUGGGUUCUUUCCAGCUUCUGGCUGUUAUAAAUAAGACUGCUACGAACAUAGUGAAACAUGUGUCCUUGUUGUAUGUUAGAGCAUCAUUUGGGUGUAUGCCCAGGAGAGGUAUAGCUGGGUCCUCAGGUAGUGCAAUGUCCAAUUUUCUGAGGAACCUCCAGAUUGAUUUCCAGAGUGGUUGUACCAGCUUGCAAUCCCACCAACAACAGAGGAGUGUUCUUCUUUCUCCACAUCCUUGCCACCAUCUGCUGUCACCUGAGAUUUUUAUCUUAGCUAUUCUGACUGGUGUGAGGUGGAAUCUCGGUUGUUUUGAUUAGCAUUUCCUUGAUGACUAAAGAUGUUGAACAUUUCUUUAAGUACUUCUCAGCCAUUUGAUAUUCCUCAGCUGUGAAUUCUUUGUUUAGCACCGUACCCCAUUUUUUAAUUGGAUUAUUUGGUUUUCUGGAGUCUACCUUCUUUAGUUUUCAGAUGUAGGAUUGGUAAAGAUCUUUUCCUAAUCUGUUGGUUGCUGUUUUGCCCUAUUGACAGUGUCUUUUGCCUUACAGAAGUUUUGCAAUUUUAUGAAGUCCCAUUUGUUGAUUCUUGAUCUUAGAGCAUAAGCCAUGGGUAUUCUGUUCAGGAAAUUUUACCCUGUGCCUUUGUGUUUGAGGGUCUUCCCCACUUUCACUUCUAUUAGUUUCAGUGUAUCUGGUUUUAUGUGGAGGUCCUUAAUGCACUUGGACUUGAGCUUUGUACAGAGCAAUAAGAAUGGAUCAAUUUGCAUUCUUCUACAUGCUGACCUCCAGUUGAACCAGCACCAUUUGUUAAAAAUGCUCUUUUUGCCACUGGAUGGUUUUAGCUAAAGGAGCUAUGGUCACUUGUCAAAAAUCAAGUGACCAUAGAUGUGUGGGUUCUUCAAUUCUAUUUCAUUGGUCUACCUGCCUGUCUCUGUACCAAUACCAUGUACCAUGCAAUUAUUCUGUAAUACAGCUUGAGGUCAGGGAUAGUGAUUCUCUCAGAAGUUCUUUUAUUGUUGAGAAUAGUUUUCGCUAUCCUGUUUUGUUUUUUUUUUUUGUUUUGUUUUUUUGUUUUUUGUUUUGUUUUUUUUUGUUUUUUGUUAUUCCAGGUGAAUUUACAAAUUGCCCUUUCUAAUUCUAUGAAGAAUUGAGUUGGAAUUUUGAUGAGGAUUGCAUUGAAUCUGUAGAUUGCUUUUAGCAAGAUGGCCAUUUUUACCAUAUUAAUCCUGUCAAUCCAUGAGCAUGGGAGAUCUUUCUGUCUCCUGAGAUUGUCUUCAAUUUCUUUCUUCAGAGACUUGAAGUUCUCCUCAUACAGGUUUUUCACUUGCUUGGUUAGAGUCAUACCAAGUUAUUUUAUAUUAUUUGGGACUAUUUUGAAGGGUGUCAUUUCCUUAAUUUCUUUCUCAGCCUGUUUAUCUUUUGAGUAGAGGAACGCUCCUGAUUUGUUUGAGUUAAUUUUAUAUCCAGCCACUUUGCUGAAGUUGUUUAUCAGGUUUAGGAGUUCUCUGGUGGAAUUUUUGGGGUCACUUAAAUAUACUAUCAUAUCAUCUGCAAAUAGUGAUAUUUUAAUUUCUUCCUUUCUAAUUCUUAUCCCUUUGACCUAUUUUUGUUGUCUAAUUGCUCUGGAUAGGACUUCAAGUACUAUAUUGAAUAGGGAGGGAGAGAGUGCAUGACCUUGUUUAGAGAUUUUAGUGGGAUUGCUUCAAAUUUCUCUCCAUUUAGUUUGAUAUUGGCUACUGCUUUGCUGUAUAUUGCUUUUACUAUGGAUUCCUGAUCUUUCCAAGACUUAUCAUGAAUUUUGUCAAGUGCUUUCUCAACAUCUAAUGAGAUGAUCAUGUGGUUUCUUUGUUUAAGUUUGUUUACAUAGUGGAUUACGUUGAUGUAUUUCCUUCCAUAUAUUGAACCAUCCCUGCAUCCCUUGGAUGAAGCCUACUUGAUUAUGAUGAAUGAUUAUUUUUGAUGUGUUCUUGGAUUCUGUUUGUGAGAAUCUUGAGUAUUUUUGCAUCGAUAUUCAUAAGGGAAAUUGGUCUGAAGUUCUUUUUCUUUGUUUGACCUUUAUUUGGUUUAGGUUUAAGCAUAAUUGUGGCUUCAAAGAAUGAAUUGCGUAGUGUUCCUUCUGUUUCUAUUUUGUGGAAUAGUUUGAAGAGUAUUGGUAUAAGGUCUUCUUUGAAGGUCUGAUAGAGUUCUGCACUAAACCCUUCUGGUCCUGGGCUUUUUUUAGUUGGGAGAUUUUUAAUGACUGCUUCUACUUCUUUAGGUGUUAUGGGACUGUUUAGAUGGUUUUUCUGGUCCUGACAGCCUUACUGCUGAUUAAGCUCACCCUUUAUAGCUCUUUCUGAACUCUGGCUGGCUGGUUCAGUUCUGCUGUUCUGGCUCAAACUUCUCUACAAACUGAUUCAAACUGGCUUCUCUUGGCUUCUUACUGAAUUGCUCUUCUUAGAAAUACUUCUUAUGAAUUCCCCAAUCUGAACUUCACUGCAUUGCCCGAACACAACUGAACUGCAUAAACUCAACUGCUCUCCACUCCUGACUCACUCUGCGCUGCCCUUAAGUAGCCUCUCUUUUCUGUUUGUUCUCAUGAGAGUUGGGAGUAUGCUACCUCUGACUUAUUUUAUCAGAUCUUUCUCUGAUUCAUCACUUUGUCUGCCCCUCAAUUAAAUAUCACUUUCCAACAUGGCUGCUUCCUUCUAUACACUAAUUUUUCCUUUAUUGUUUGGGUACUAAGGGCAUGUUUGUAUUCUGACCAGAGGGAUUAAAGGUGUAUCAUUCCAGUUGGAUCACAUAUUCCUAGAAGGUCUUUGGAUGUGAUCCCUUGCCAGUACAGCCAUGUUGCAUGAUAAAAAUUCCUCUACACUGAUACCCGUAAAUUAUUACUUCUUGUUUUUAUUUGGUAACAUAGAUACUGAUGUAAACAGAACUGAUACAUAACUGGAGCUAAAAGACUCCAGUUAAAGUGCUUUUUAAGAGUGUUUGAGGCGAGGAGCUGGUGAGGUAGCUUAGUGGGUAAAAAUGCUUGCACCAGUUUUUGGGACCCAGUGUUCAAUCGCCAGCACUCACAUGAUGGAAAGGGAAAACCAACUCCCAUUAAUUAUCCUGUAAUCACCACAUUUGUCUCUCUCUCUCACACACACACACACACACACACACUCACUCACUCACAGAGAGAGAAAGAGAGAGAGAGAGAGAGAGAGAGAGAGAGAUUAUAAAUGUAAUUAAAAUGGGUAAGGAAUUUAUAUUUUUAAUAGAGCUUUUGUAAUAUUAGUGCUAAAACAUAAACUAGUUAACUGAAAUGCAUGCUCUGCAAAAAGGGUAAACUCUAGUACAGAACACAGCCAUCAUCUCUUAACCCAGUCGGGUUCUUUUAAAUGCUCCCCACUUCUACAUUCUCUGGGUUUAAAUAUUAGGCAGCAUUUGUACAGUUUUGUUACACAUUUUAAAGUCUUAAAAGUUUUGAGGUUGACUGGUCUGCUGAUGUCUUAAGGAACAGGUUCGCCUUUAGACUUUUCUUGCUUCAAGGACUAGGAAGGGACCCUUCGCAGUCUACACCCUGUCUCCUAGAGAAGGAUCCUUAAUUCUAGGUCUAGGCAAUGCUGUUCCACCUCAGGGGUUGACUCUGGCCUGCAACAGGAAGUCCCCUUUGUGCUCCCCUUAAAGUAUUUUCAGAUGCACAGUGAGCACGAUAUUUGGGUGAAACAACCAGUCUAUGUUUAAGAAAUUGAAGUGAGCCCAGGCAGAGUAAAGGGAGCUGCCCUCCUUUUACCACAUUCCAAGGUGGCCAUUUCUACACUCGUGUAGGAAUGGGAACAGUGGUUUAAAGCCUAGCUAGCCGUGCAAUAUGACUUAUGCUUAUACACGCACGCUCAUACUGACAGAACACCUUGGCAUUCUGAAAGUUUGAAACCCAAUGGUAGUCCCACCGGUUUGGAGUUUGGACUUUGAAUGCUACAUAUUUUUUUUUUCUUCCUAAGAAUUUACUUCUUUGUUUGUUUAUCAGGAAAUAACCAGGCUUCUUCUUCUAAACUGGUAAUUUUAAGGAUCGCAGAAGGGAAUGUACACAUUGUGUUUCUUGAAUCUCUGGGCCGAAGGCACAGUUGGCUCAUUCUCCACUUGCAUGACAAGUGAAAUUUGACUUGGUUCCAGAAAGCAGGAACUGGUCCCUCAAAUCACCCCAGUUUGUAAAUGCAAUGACUCAGUCUUUGACUUGUCUGUUUGCCCAUCAGAGUGCCAUGUAAAAGGUGUGUGGUGGUUGGUAAUGGAGGAGUGUUGAAGAAUAAGACGUUGGGAGCAAAAAUCGACUCCUAUGAUGUAAUAAUA